CAGUGAGACGCAAAGAAAAGACGUCGUUUUUGCAUGGAGUUUCGUCUCCCUAUUCACUCACGUUUCUAGAUUUGCUUGAGUGAUUGCCGGUUACUGGCUACGUUACAGUGCGCGUAGCCACGGGACCCAAGGCGUCACAUUUAAUGACCUGCGAUGGUCGAGUUCACCCACGACGUCGAAUCGGAACUGAUUGCUCUCGUUGAGGAACGGCCUUGCCUGUGGAACUCUAAAGACAUCCAUUACCACAACAGGCAUGUCAAGGAGAUGGCGAUGCGAGAAAUCACCGAACAAUUAGGAGCUGGGUUUACAGAGUCUAUGGUAAAGUCCAAGUGGGCCAACCUGCGCUCCCAGUUUCAGCGUGAGGUGCGCAAGAUCAAGGAUUCGGCACAGGGCGGCCACCCGCUUGACCGCUACGUACCCAAGUGGGCCCACUACCAGCAGCUGCAGUUCCUUCGACAGGACGACACUCCAGAGCCUUUCAACUAUACGCCUGCUGAGCUACAACACGAUAACAGCAUGGAUCACAGCCUUUCAGACAUACACCCACCAUGUGAGCCCGCACCGCCUCCGGGCCACUCUCCCGUACCCCUAAAGCGAAAGUGCUACAGUGACAACGGCGUUGGUGUUGGCGGAGCUGGAACCAGCAGCACGAGUAGCUUUCAACUGGGCCGAUACCGACGUGAGUCGCCUCCGGAGGAUCCUUGUGGCUCAACAGCCACUGUGGCACCUCCGUCAGUAGGUGCGUGCCGCGCCUUUGGUCUCAUGAUGGAGAACUGCGUCAGUGAUAUUCCCGAGGGCCCCAAUCGGGACCUGGCAAUGCUGGUCGCAUACCAAGCCCUUGUGAGGUUCAAGCUCACACUCAAUGGCCAUGGAAGUGACGCAGUAGAUAUCACGCUCUCGGAACUCUUCAGGAGUUGAGCUGCACCAUCGGAUCCUGUCACCCCGGGAUUUGCGUGGUGCAUGCACCUGCCUAAGCUGGCGUUGUUGUUGCACAAUGGACCAAUCAUGAAUCCACUGUUCUCAGUGGCAGAUUUAAGUGUGGAACUACGUGGGGCUUGUCAUGGUUGAUGGUUUGUCGGAGGGUGAAUUUGUCGGCUGGUUCUCGUGUUCCUCGCCACGUUUGCGUGGUUGCUGGUGUGUUCAUUGAAUCUGAGGUGUAUAGAAAGAGGUUGGUCACACGUUGGCCAAAUGAAAAGCAAGACUCGUCUGCAUUGGUGAGAUGCAUCAAUCUUAACGAUGCCGCUUGUUACUGUGAGAAAUAACUGUGUUGCCAAGAAAUUAUCGUGUCCACGUGCUUGCAAAAAUGUGCCAUAUGAAAAACCAGUGCAGCUUGUUUAUGGCGAUAAUCUUUCUGUACUUGCCACAAAAAGUUAAAUACUGACAGACGUAGCAAACACUUAUGUUGUGCCCUUGUUAAUUGUUUUACUGUGCCUGUAACCAUUGCCUUUCAUGUGCUCUCUUCAGUCAGGAGUGCUUAUCAGGGUGCAAUGCAAUGUAAGGUGUUUGUUAUACAUUUUCUGCUGAUGAAAUGCAAAUGUUAAGGUCAUGGUUAAAGUUAUUUUUAAUAACUUUAAAGCUAAAAAAAGAUUUGCAUUUGUGUGCAUUCACUUAAUUGCAGGGUAGGUAUUUAUCACUGUUGAAUGUACAACAUCAGAAUACCACCUCUGCACCAUUACAUACACAUAUUGCUGACUUCAUUUUUUUCUCCUGACAUGCCAAUCAUGCAUGUCAGGAGCAGUGGGAGCAAUCAGCAGUGGGAGCAGUCAGGAGCAAUCAUGCAGUCAGGAGCACAUAUCAGAGAAACUUUGGUGUGAAGAAAAAUAGGCAUACUGCAAAAUGAAAGUUUGCUUUGUGAAAUAAAACUGAAAAUGAUACAACAAAUCAAAGAAUGAAUUAACUGCUGAACACUAAGUACAAUUUAGUGACAUGGCUGUUUAUAAUACCGUAAAAUUUCAAGCAAGUGCCCCCACCCGUGCAAGAGUCCCCCCUAACUUCACUGCUAAUUC